UGAGCUCUAGUCCAAUAAAAUGUUCCGCGAUGCAGCGGCAGCAUCUGUUGUUGGUUUCCGCUGUGAUCCUUGGCCUGGCCAGGAUAACCGCAAUGCCAAGUUCUUGCUUUUAUACAACUGGGAAAUAUACGGAGCCCGACUAUUGUGAGGAACCAAGUCAACCGCAUUUGGGCUGCGAUAACGCGAAAAGGUGGGGCAAAAAGUGCGGUGAGCCGCGAAGUAUUAUUAAAAUGACGUUCGGCUUAAGAAGGCGCAUUGUAAGGCAACAUAAUGUCUAUCGCAACAUGGUGGCAAAGGGCAACAUGGCAGGGCUGCCGGUUGCGGGACGCAUGUUGACAAUGGGCUGGGAUCGUGUUCUGGCCGGCUUGGCCGAGCUGGCCGUGAUGCGCUGCGAAAUAGAUCCCAUCAGGAUGAGUUUCUCAACCACAUACGCAUCAAGGCCAGGCUACAAUGCGGCCUUCAGCAAAUAUCCCAAGAAUCAGGAACAAGACAAGCGCAAAAUACUUGACUCCCAUUUAAGGGCCUGGUACGAUCAGUACAGGUAUGCUAACAUGAAAAGCCUGCGGACGGGUAAAUCUUCCGGCGGUCGGGAAAUUUCACACUUUCUGCAACUUAUGAACGGUGAAAAUAGUCGUGUGGGCUGUGCCAUGGCCAGCUUCCACACGGGCUCAUGGAAAAACCAAUUGCUGAUCUGUCUAUAUGGCUGCGGUAAGCGAAGGGGCGAAUACGUUUAUAGUAUCGGAAAAGUCCCCGGCGAAUCAUGCACGUGCGGCACGGAAAAGGACUUCAGGAAUCUUUGCUAUCUUGAAAGCGACAAGGUAGAUUGCAGUAUGAAAAGAAAAAAAGAAGUGGUGGAAGAAACAGACGAUGAAUAUGAUUAUGAUUAUGGCAUAUUCGGGCCAUCAAAAACAACAACAACAACAACUACCAAAAAGCCAAAAAAGCAAUGCAGGCCGGGUAGCAUGGGUAGCAUCCUUGAUUGGAUAUUUGGUUAGAAGAAAAGUUUCACUCAAUUGUAAAUACAAAUAAUGUGUAAUAUAAAAGAACGAUGAUAAAUGUGGAAA